AGGCAGUUCCAGUGGACCUAGACCGAGCUGAGUAAGCCUACUGACUGGUGCCAGAAACUAGCUGUAAAGGGACUAUGUAAAUCGAUUAACUCCUUGGUUUUUAUGGAGAUCUCUUGAUACCAAAACGUCUUUCUUUACAUGCUUCUCUGAUCCUGUGGAGAUGAAAAUUGACGUCCAUAGUCAUAUUCUACCAAAAGAAUGGCCAGAUCUAAAAAAGAGAUUUGGCUAUGGAGGCUGGGUGCAGCUCCAACACCACAACAAGGGAGAAGCAAAGAUGAUGAAAGAUGGGAAGGUCUUCAGAGUGGUCCAAGAGAACUGCUGGGAUCCAGAAGUCCGUAUUAGAGAAAUGGACCAAACAGGAGUGACCGUGCAAGCCCUUUCUACAGUUCCUGUCAUGUUUAGUUACUGGGCCAAACCUCAGGACACAUUAGACCUGUGCCAGCUUUUAAACAAUGACUUGGCUGCCACUGUUGCGAACCACCCCAGGAGGUUUGUGGGUCUGGGGACGUUGCCCAUGCAGGCCCCGGAGCUUGCUGUGAAGGAGAUGGAGCGCUGCGUGAAGGAGCUGGGCUUUCCCGGGGUCCAGAUCGGCUCCCACAUCAACGAGUGGGACCUGAAUGCAAAGGAACUCUUCCCUGUCUAUGCAGUGGCUGAAAAGCUGAACUGUUCCCUAUUUGUGCACCCCUGGGACAUGCAGAUGGAUGGACGAAUGGCCAAAUACUGGCUCCCUUGGCUUGUAGGAAUGCCAGCAGAGACCACCACCGCCAUUUGCUCCAUGAUCAUGGGAGGAGUAUUUGAGAAAUUUCCUAAACUGAAAGUGUGUUUUGCACAUGGAGGUGGUGCCUUCCCUUUCACAGUUGGAAGAAUCUCCCAUGGAUUCAACAUGCGCCCAGAUCUGUGUGCCCAGGACAACCCAAUCAACCCAAAGAAGUACCUUGGUUCCUUUUACACCGACUCCUUGGUUCAUGAUCCUCUGGCACUCAAGCUAUUAACAGAUGUCAUAGGAAAGGAUAAAGUCAUUUUGGGAACUGACUACCCCUUUCCACUAGGGGAGCUAGAACCUGGGAAAUUGAUAGAGUCCAUGGAAGAAUUUGAAGAAGAAACAAAGGAUAAACUCAAAGCUGGCAAUGCCCUAGCAUUUUUGGGCCUUGAGAGAAAACAAUUUGAAUGACUGAAUUUACUACAAGAGCAAACAUUCAAGAAGAUAUUUUAAUUUUGUUUUUAAAUAUGUAUCACACA